AUAUUAACCAUAAACAGAAGAGUAAGGGAGAAAGAGAAAGAGACCCCAAAUAUAAAAUAGAACGUAAACAGUAGUAAUUUCCCAUAACGAUCCCAUAAAGGAAACACCCGACUGCCUCGCCGGAUCUUUACUAAGGUAUUUAAGGUGGGUUUAUCAUCUGUCUUCACAGAUUUUGGCCUAAUUCAACUGCAAAAGGGUUUCUGUCAAGAAGAAAUUGAAAGUCUUAUCGUGGAAAAUGGAUUCAGGAGAAGUCUUAUUCCUGCCUGUUUCACUGUGUUGCUAAAACAAGUUCAGGAAUAUAGUGAUUGCGCUUCCUAAUGUCUACUGUAGGCAAUUCUACAAAUAUUUUCUGGCAUGAGUGCCCGGUUGGGAAGGCUGAAAGGCAAAAAUUGCUUAAUCAACAAGGUUGUGUUGUAUGGAUCACAGGUCUCAGUGGCUCAGGGAAAAGCACGCUGGCCUGUUCAAUAGGCAGAGAGUUGCACACCAGGGGAAAACUCUCUUACAUUCUUGAUGGGGAUAAUCUUAGGCAUGGUUUAAACAAGAAUCUUGGAUUCAGUCCUGAUGAUAGAACAGAAAAUAUAAGAAGAGUUGGUGAGGUUGCAAAGCUCUUUGCAGAUGCUGGCAUAAUCUGUAUUGCCAGUCUGAUAUCCCCUUAUAGAAAGGAUCGUGAUGCUUGUCGUGCAAUGCUGCCUGAUUCGAAUUUCAUCGAGGUUUUCAUGAACAUGCCUCUGGAACUCUGUGAAGAGAGGGACCCUAAAGGCCUUUACAAGCUUGCACGUGCAGGAAAACUUAAAGGUUUUACUGGAAUAGAUGAUCCUUAUGAGUCACCCUUGAAUUGUGAGAUCGAAAUACAAGAGAAGGAAGGAACUUGUUCUACACCAUCUGAGAUGGCUGGACAAGUAGUUUGUUACUUGGAGGACAAAGGAUUUCUUGAAGCUAAUAAGUGAGAUUUUGACAUAUUCCUACAGUAAUUGAUUGAGAUGAUCUUAUUGAAUUUCUCAUCAUAUAUAUAUAUAUAAUAACUUUCUUCAAAAAAACUGAUCCUCAAGUUCAUAGAAAAUCACAUUAUUAUUCAACUCAGUCUCAAUAGGUAAUACAUUUUGUUGGGUUUUGUAAUUAAUUAUGGUUGGCAUGUUAAGGAAUUGCGUUAUUCGG